GAAGCGCGAGCGGCGGCGCCAUGGCCCGAGACUCGCGGUGGGUCUGGCACCUCACGCCCCCGUGUCCCCCAGUGUGGCAGCAGCCGUUCCUCAACGUCUUCAGACACUUCAAGGUGGACGAGUGGAAGCGGUCCUCUAAGGAGGGCGACGUGGCCGUUGUGACGGACAAGACCCUCAAGUGCACCGUGUACCGCGUGCGGGGCCCUGUCUCUGCUGGCAAUUACAUCCAGCUCCCCAAAACCAGCACCCAGUCCCUGGGGCUGACCGGACGCUACCUGUACGUGCUCUUUCGGCCCCUGCCCGCCAAGCAUUUCGUCAUUCACCUGGACCUGUGUACCGAGGACAGCCAGGUCAUCCGAGUGUCAUUUUCCAACUUCUUCAAGGAGUUCAAGUCCACAGCCACAUGGCUUCAGUUCCCUUUCAUCUGUGAGACUGGGACACCCAGGAAAGGUGUGGGCUCCCCUGGUGCCCGGUGGACCUGCCUGCAGCUCGACCUACACGACAUUCUCCUGGUCUACCUGAACCGACGCUACAGUCAGCUCAGGAGCAUCAGGCUGUGUGCUAGCCUGCUGGUCAGGAACCUCUACACCAGUGACCUGUGCUUCGAUCCUGCUGUCACUGUUGCUGAAGCCCGGUGUGCAAAACUGCCCAUCACCCCCAUACCUCGAGAAAUGGCAUUCCCAGUACCGAAAGGGGAGAGCUGGCACGACCACUAUGUCCACAUCCGGUUUCCAAGCGACAGCUCAAAAACAUCCUCCGAGGCAGUUCAGAAGAGCUGUUCCCCUUCUGAGGCAGUCUUAGCGGGGCCUGUGCCGCAGCUUCUCCCUCACCCAGCGGCCUUCAGCAAGCCUGUUCAGGACAGCCUGGCCCUCAUGGUCCAGAAGCAUGGCCCCACAGCCUCCUGCCAGGCCCCCUCUGCGCCCAGGCCCCUUCCAGAAGUCAGCGUGUCUUGUGAGCGCUCCGAGGUCUGUAGUGUGGGUGGCCCCAGUGGCCGUAGCCAGGAGCCCUUGGCCUGGGUGAAGGCCACUGACAAGCACGUGGUCAGUGACAGCCUUCACGUGUCUGCGCGUCAGACGACUGUGGAGCCCACGGCCCCAGAGGAUGCAUCCCCACAAGAAUCUCCUGGCAGAAAGCAGAACCAACAGGAGGCGGCUUUGGGCAAGGAUCGUUUUCAACAAAGAAGCUUCCUCCCGGAUCCGGUCCUGAGGCUCAAAGGGGUCAUCGGCUUUGGGGGUCACAGCACCAAAUGGGCCCUGUGGACCCGGGAUGGGGCCGCCGUCGUGUAUCCUUGCCAUGCGGUCAUCGUCGUCCUGUGUGUCAACACCCGGGAGCAGCGUCUCUUCCUUGGCCACACAGACAAGGUCUCUGCCCUGGCGCUGGACGGGAGCGGUUCCCUGCUGGCCUCAGCCCAGGCACAGCCCCACAGUAUGCUGCGUCUCUGGGACUUCCAGACCGGGGAGUGCCUGUCCCUGUUCCAGAGCCCAGUCCACACCGUUUGCUCCCUCAGCUUCUCUGACAGCGGGGAGGUGCUCUGUGGUGUUGGCAAGGACCGCCACGGGCGGAUGACGGUGGUGGUGUGGGGCACGGCCCAGGUGGGGCGAGGCGGAGAGGCCAUCAUCCUCACGAAGGUGCACAGCGACGUUGACAUCCAGGCAUUCGAGGUGGCCUUUUUCGAUGAAACCAGGAUGGCAUCGUGCGGGCGGGGCAGCGUGCGGCUGUGGCGGCUGCGAGGUGGGGGGCUGCGCUCCUGCCCUGUGGACCUGGGGGAGCACCACGCGCUGGAGUUCACUGACCUGGCCUUCAGGCAGGCCCAGGACGGCCACACACUCUACGUCUGCAGCCGCAGCGGCCACAUCCUGGAGAUUGACCACCAGAGCAUGGCUGUGCGGCGCGCUCGCCGCCUCCUGCCCACACAGACCCCCGGUGGCCCCCUCCCACAGAAGCAGGCCUUCAGUUCAGGCCCCGGCAUCGCCAUCAGCAGCCUCAGCGUCUCCCAGGCCAAGUGUGCCGUGGGCUCCGAGGACGGCUACCUGCGCCUCUGGCCCCUGGACUUCUCCUCUGUGCUCUUGGAGGCAGAGCACGAGGGCCCCAUCAGCUCCGUCCGCAUCAGCCCUGACGGCCUGCGUGUGCUGUCCACCACCUCCUCGGGCCACCUGGGUUUCCUGGACAUCCUGUCCCGGGAGUACAGUGUGCUGGUGCGCUCCCACGCCGCCCCGGUGUUGGCCCUUGCCACUGAGUGCCGCCGGGGACAGCUGGCCACUGUGUCCCAGGAUCACACUGUCCGCAUCUGGGACCUAGCGACCCUGCAGCAGCUGUACGACUUCGCGUCUCCGGAGGAGGCCCCGUGUGCUGUUGCCUUCCACCCUACCCAGCCCACCUUCUUCUGUGGCUUCAGCAGCGGGGCCGUCCGCUCCUUCAGCCUGGAGGCCACCGAGGUCCUAGUGGAGCACAGGUGUCACCGCGGAGCCAUCACCGGCCUGGCUGCCAGCCCCGACGGCAGCCUCCUGUUCAGCUCCUGCUCUCGGGGCUCCCUGGCCCAGUACCAUAGCGGCGCACUCCGGUGCCGCAUCCUUCGUGUGGCAGCUAACGUGGUGUGCCAGGAGGCCUGCCCGAGCCCCAGUGCCCUGGUGGUCAGUGGGGACAGCCGCCUGCUGGCCUUUGUGGGUCCCUCCAAGUACACGGUGACCGUCAUGGACACAACCUCACUGGAUGAGCUGCUGAGGGUUGACAUCAGCACUCUGGACCUGGCUGGCAGCCGCCUGGACUCAGCUGUGGCCGUCUGCUUUGGCCCCGCACCCCCUGGCCACUUGCUGGUGUCCACGUCCUCUAACAUGGUUGCAGUGCUAGAUGCCACGUCGGGCCGCUUGGUCCGGGAGCUGUCCUGUGUCCCCCCUGCGGCCUGCUCUGUCCUAGCUCUCAGCGGGGAUGGCCGUUUUCUGCUCACGGCCGCCGACCGGGCCAUCAAGGUGUGGGACUACUCAGCACAGGCCGGCCCUGGCUGCCAGGUGUACAUCGGCCACUCAGAGCCUGUGCGAGCCGUGGCUUUCACCCCCGACCAGCAGCAACUCCUUAGUGUGGGAGACGCCAUCUUUCUCUGGGACGUUCUGGUCCCCUCUGAGAAGUCCCCUCCAGGAAGUGUCCAAGGCUCUCCCGGGGCCCCCCCAACCUGCGAAGCUGGCCUGGGUACAAGACAACUGGAGGACAUGGUGUCUGGGGCCAAUGGGCUUCCCCGGCAGCAGGUGCCCAUGCCAUCCCAGGCGUCCCCACCCUGGCUGGACAUCUGUGCCGGGCCCCCCAAGGACCAUGAUGGCGCUUUCUCCAUGUCAGAUGAGAGCCGUGGCCCUGAGGGUCUCCGCCAGGCCUCAGGCCCACCUGUGCUGGUGCAGAAGGAGGCUGGCAGGGCUGGUGAUGGGGCCUGGGGGGCCACGGGGGGCCCCUGGGACCUUGGCAGGCCUCCCCACCCCCGUGGUUGGCCCAGUGGCCUAAGGACAGACCCGGCUGCCCCUGGCAGACAAGGGAUGGUCACCUACAGGGCAAAUGGAGAGCCCAAGGCCCCUGUUGGGCCAGGUGCCUACAGCACUGGAAGAGCCAGGGCCCAGCCCCCCACUCGCCCGGACUCCUAUCGGCAUUUCACAGCUCGCUACAAGGCCUCCCUGCUGGCCAAGGUUGGCCGGGUGGGGCGUCCUCAUAGCCCCUGCUGCCAAUGGAUAUCCUGGAAGCCCAGGGGUCCGGGCGGCAUGGCCCUGUGGUGUCUGGGGGGCCUCUCCUUCCCUGCUGUCGGCGAUGAGCAGCUGCACCUGAAAGCCGUCAUGGGUUACAACGGGAAUGGGCGCGCCAACCUGGUCUGGAGGCCGGACACAGGCUUCUUCGCCUACACGUGUGGUCGCCUGGUGGUGGUGGAGGACCUGCACUCUGGUGUCCAGCAGCACUGGCUUGGCCACCCUGAGGAGAUCUCCACGCUGGCCCUCAGCCAUGAUGCCCAGGUGCUGGCCUCUGCCUCAGGCCGAAGCAGCACUGCCUCCCGCUGCCAGAUCCGUGUCUGGGACGUGCCGGGGGGCUUCUGUCGGCAGCUCCUUUCUCACCACGACACUGCUGUCCAGGCCCUGGCUUUCUCGCCAGACGACAGGCUCCUCGUCACGCUGGGGGACUAUGGCGACCGCACCCUGGCCCUGUGGAGCACGGCCACCUACGAGCUUGUGUCCUCCACGUGCCUUCCGGAGCCAGUACACGGCGUGGCCUUCAACCCCUGGGACACCGGCGAGCUCGCCUGCGUGGGCCAGGGUGCCGUCACCCUGUGGCUCCUGCAGCAGCGUGGGGGCGACGUCAGCCUCCAGGUCCACCGAGAGCCCAUCCCUGAGGAGGUGGGGGGGUGCGAGCUGACCUCGCUCUGCUACGGGACCACACCCCUGCUCUACUGUGGCUCCAAUGCUGGCCAGGUGUGUGUUUGGGACAUGUGUGCCGGCCGCUGCUUCCUGGCCUGGGACGCGGACGACGGUGAGAUCGGAGUGCUGCUGUGCUCGGGCGCGCGUCUGGUCAGUGGCAGCAACACCAGGCGGCUGCGCCUAUGGGCCGUGGGGGCCGUGCCGGAGCUGAGACGCAAGGGCUCCGGGGCCAGGUCUAGCUCUGUGUUUAUGGAGCGUGAGCUGACCCUUGACGGGGCCGUCGUGAGUGCAGUCUUCCACGAAAGCAUGGACAUGGGUGUGGUGGGCACCACGGCGGGCACGCUCUGGUACGUCAGCUGGGCUGAGGGCACCAGCACCCGCCUCAUCAGCGGCCACCGGAGCAAGGUGAACGAGGUGGUCUUCAGCCCCAGCGAGUCCCACUGUGCCACGUGCAGUGACGAUGGGAGCGUGAGGGUGUGGAGCGUGGCCAGCAUGGAGCUGCUGAUCCAGUUCCAGGUGCUCAGCCAGAGCUGCCUCUGCCUGUCUUGGAGCCCCCCAUCCUGUGAACGCCCAGAACAGCAGUGGGUGGCAGCGGGCUACAGUGACGGCACGCUGCGGCUCUUCAGCAUCCCCCGCAUAGCGAUGGAGCUCAAGAUGCAUCCCCACUCGGCUGCACUGACGGCCAUCGCCUUCUCUGCUGACGGUCAGACCAUCCUCUCCGGAGACAAGGAUGGGCUCGUGGCUGUGAGUCGCCCUCGCACGGGGAUGACCUUCCGUGUGCUGAGUGACCAUUGGGGAGCCCCGAUCUGCACCAUCCAGAGCACGAGAAGAGAGUAUGAAGACUUCGGGGCAGAGGGUGUGGACCUGUGGCUGGCUGCCAGCGGGGACCAGCAGGUCAGCGUUUGGGCCUCCAACUGGCUGCAGGACCGCUGUGAGCUCGUGGACUGGCUAAGCUUCCCAGCGCCCGCCCUCACGGAGGUUCCCGGCUGCCUGCCGCCCUCCCUCGCCGCCUUCUGCCCCUGGGAUGAGGCGCUGCUGGUGUGUGCGGGCCUCGGUGUGCACCAUGAGGUGGUCUUCUACAGCCUCCGCCAGAAGCAGGUGAUGGAGAAGAUCCCACUGCCUUUCUUUGCUGUGUCCAUGAGCCUGUCCCCUGGGGCCCACCUUAUGGCCAUUGGCUUCUCUGAGCGUGUGCUGAGGCUGGUGGACUGUGCGUCGGGGGCCGUGCAGGACUUUGCUGGCCAUGAUGACUCGGUGCAGCUGUGCAGGUUUGCCCCGUCUGCUCGGCUGCUCUUCACGGCGGCCCACAGUGAGAUACUGGUGUGGGAAGUCACAGGUCACUGACCGCCAGUGGGGAGUGCGGGGUCAGGUGUUGCCCUGCUGGUCAGCCGGGCACCUGGCCUGGUCAGAGGCUUGGCUGAGAAGCUGGGUUGGCCAGGGGCCUUGUGCUGGGCCAGGAUGGCUGGGUGGGCUUCACGCCUCCACACCCGGCUGCCCAGGAGCGUGUGCAAAUCAUCAAGACCUUGAACAUGUAUGAAGUGCUUAUUGCCUCUUUUCCUUUGGGCUUUUGUUUCUACCUUGUACAGUUCAAAUAAAUGUGGGUGUUGCAUUGAGGCAUUGUCUCCUGGUCACUCCAGGCUGCCUGAGCUCAGUUUCUGCCCAACCUCCAGACCUCCUGCUCCCUGCCAGGGAUCCUGACCCCUGCAAGAGCCGCGGGAGCCUGAGCAGGAGCUGCGGGGC